CUGGGGGCAGUGCGCGACGGUCAGUUCCCCGGAUGAAGGUUGAGCGUGAAUAUGGCGCAGAGAGCACGAGCAGCGCGUUCGUGCGGGUUUCUGUGACUGAUAUACGCGCACUUAGCUCGCUUAAGCUAACUUUACACACAAGAAACUUCACCGACCCUAUGAAGUUUAUUUCUCUGCAGACACACUUCUCACUACAGGUCUGAUGCUUUGCUGCAGCCAUGUUCAGCAAGAAGAAAAAGUCACGCAUCCAGAUCUCAGCCCCCUCCAACUUUGAGCAUCGAGUUCACACUGAUUUUGAUGAGCAGGAGCAGAAGUUUGUGGGGCUUCCGCGCCAAUGGCAGAGCCUCAUUGAGGACACGGCCAAGAGGCCCAAACCUUUCAUCGACGCCACAGUCAUCACUACUGUAGAGCCACGCAAGGCAAUUGUAAGGGGUCGUAAGAUCGGCGAUGAUGGCUCUCUCACGUGGCUUCUGGAUGAGUUUGAGACUAUGUCGGUGAUCCGCUCAAACUCCCUGCGGAGAGGCAGUCCACCACCGCAACCGCGCAGAGACUCCGGAUCUUCGGGAGGGGGCCAUGAGAAUGGAGAACACCCUCAAUACAGACACCCUGAUCGAUACGGAGACGGCAAAGAGAGGGAGAAGCCGCGUCAGGAGCACCCAGGUGCUGAACCCAGACAGUCUCAGCGCCCAGCCCGUUCAUCCAGAGAGGAUGGCCGACCUCACCAGCAGCCUCGUGGUCAGGAGCCCAGCAGACACAAAGAGCCCGACUGGUCAGGAGGGCCAGCCCCACAGCCCCAGCACAGAGACCGAGAACGAGAGCCACGUGAUUAUCAUGAUCAGGUGGUGAGGCGAGAGGGGGCCAAUGAUAAGAGGCCCAAAUCUAGCUACACUGGAAGGGACAGCAGCCCACAAUCACCUCGUGAGAAGAGACCACUGUCCGGGCCAAAUAUCCGCACCCCUAACCUACCUGUUACAGAGGGAGUGAUAAAGACUGCACAGCAGACCGGCCGACCCUUCAACACGUACCCACGAUCUGAAAGUGACUCUGGGAGAAGCCCCAGCGGUCAGGAUUUAAAACCAGGAAAAUCUCAUGAGCCUUCCCACCACAACGGUCCUUAUACUGGGGCAGUCCGGGGUGGAAACAGUGGCAGUAAAAGUGCUUCUCAGGGGCACCGAGCAGAGCCCCAGCAUCACGCCUCCCACCCAGCCUUAGGCCCCGAGCCCCCUCACAGUCAGCAGAUGCCCCAAGCACCAAAACCAUCAGGCCCAGCUGCACCGCCACAGCAGACACGCUCACCUCAGAGGGAGCCGCAGCGGGUCUCCCACGAGCAGUUCCGUGCUGCCCUGCAGAUGGUGGUUGACCCUGGGGACCCACGCACUUAUCUGGACCACUACAUUAAGAUCGGGGAAGGUUCCACCGGCAUUGUUUGUAUUGCUACAGUGAAGACCACAGGCAAGCUGGUGGCUGUGAAGAAGAUGGAUCUGCGAAAACAGCAGCGACGAGAAUUGCUGUUUAAUGAGGUGGUGAUCAUGCGGGACUAUCACCAUGAGAACGUGGUGGAGAUGUACAACAGUUACUUAGUAGGCGAUGAACUCUGGGUUGUCAUGGAGUUCCUUGAGGGUGGAGCUUUGACUGACAUAGUCACACAUACCAGGAUGAAUGAGGAGCAGAUUGCCACCGUGUGUCUGUCUGUUCUGAAAGCUCUCUCGGUCCUUCACUCCCAGGGAGUCAUUCACAGAGACAUUAAGAGUGAUUCAAUUCUUCUCACCCAUGAUGGCAGGGUGAAGCUGUCAGACUUUGGCUUUUGUGCCCAGGUCUCAAAAGAGGUGCAGCGCAGGAAGUCUCUUGUAGGAACUCCCUACUGGAUGGCCCCUGAGCUCAUCUCAAGACUCCCAUAUGGACCAGAGGUGGAUAUUUGGUCACUUGGCAUUAUGGUCAUUGAAAUGGUGGAUGGAGAGCCGCCGUACUUCAAUGAGCCUCCGCUCAAGGCCAUGAAGAUGAUCCGAGACAAUUUGCCACCCAAGCUCAAAAACCUCCACAAGGUCUCGCCGCUUCUCAAGGGAUUCUUGGACAGGAUGCUCGUGCGAGAUCCUGCCCAGAGGGCCACAGCUCAAGAGCUGCUAAAGCAUCCCUUCCUGAGUAAAGCAGGCCCUCCCUCUUGCAUUGUUCCCCUCAUGAGACAAAACCGCACGAGAUGAGAAGAGAAAUCGGGGCGGGAUCUGUCAGGCCCUCUGAGCUCAAAGCAAAGACCCAUAAGAGUCCAUACUCUGCACAGUUUAAACAUCUGAAAUGAUUGUACCGGUCAAGACUUUAAGAAGAAAAGGCCAUUGAUGCUAUGGACAUUAAGAGGGUUUUCCCCCCAACAUUUUUACCACUGUUUUUAUUACACUAUAGAAUACACCAAAUUUGGUGACAUGAAAUAGACAUGAUUAGAUCAUUCACAGUGUUCUGCUAGAAGAGGUUCCCCUCUCUGGCUAAUUCAGAAACACUAGAAUGUGUAAUUUAGUUGGUUUCAUGCUUGAUCUCUAAGAUUGUGCUUUUGGGUGAACCAGGUUAGUGAGGUUUAGACAUUAUGAAAAGGAACCACUUGGAGAUUCUAAUCUGCCCUCAAUGUAAAGCAACAAUUCUAUGGAUUUGUUCCAAACCUCAAGCUUUUUUCCCCUGCACUUCAUCUUUUGCACCAUGACCACACUACUCAAUCCAUUUUUAACAGGAAAACUACUGAAGCAAAUAUUUUACUUAAAAAAAAGAAAAAACUAUGAAACUCUAGGCUCCUGUUACAACACUAAGAAAUGGUAAACACUGGAGGCGUAUUUUUUUUUUUUUUUCAGACCAUUUUUAAUUUUGUUUUAAUGAAAGUAGAGAGUUAUAUUGGUUUUCAUAUUGCAUUUUGAGUACCAGAGUGAUGUUUUAAACUGUUCUGAGAUUGAGCUGCACUCCAAUAUGAAACUUCCUCCUUUGAUUCAUUGUUCCUCAUUUUUAUAUAAUAAAGGGGGGAAGGGUCGGAUGUAGAGUUUUUUUUUCUCUUCCAAAACCUUCACUACGGCGCCACGCCACAUUAGCCGAAGAGAUUGAGUUGUUUUCAAUGUAGGGCAGCCUUUCCUUUCAUGUGCACCUAAAUCCUCUAGCUAAGUAGCUUACGUCUUUGAAGUAUUGUGGCCUUUCUCUGAAGGAUUCAUUGUGGUUGGUUUUGUCGGAGAGAUGUUGAACUAUACGAAUGUAUAGCUGAGCGUUACAUAUGCUCUACUUUAUGAGAGUUGUGCAAAGGAAGUGGACCAUAUAAAUAUAGAUUGUGAUUGAUCCCACACACUAAAAUAUAGGCUAUAGUACUCGUAUAAUUGGUCAUGUACAUUACAAUGUUGUGUUGUAAGAGCACCAUGACGUUUGAGGAUUAAGAGAAGAGUAGUAGAACAACCAAAGACUGUUUGAAAUACUGAAGGUUUAUAAUACUAAGAAAUCCGAGUACACUACAACACAUUAAAAGGAUUUUUUUACCCAGAUAGGAAAAUUCUGUUAUUUAUUCACCAUCAUUACCUGUAUAGCGUCCUUUCUUCUUAAGAGUUGGUUAGGCCAUUUUUUUUUUAAUGGCAUUUUAUAUGUUUCACAGUAGAAAGAAAGACAUAUAGGUUUAAAAUGGCAUGAGGGUGAAUGAAUGAUGACAGAAUUAUCUUUUUUGGGUUAACUGUCCCUUUAAGACCUUAUCUGUCCUUGCUCAGUCACAAAGAUCCAGGAUCAAAGUAAAUGGGAACAAUGACAAAAUUUAAGAAACAGGUUAAAAGGUCAUUUAAAAAUGUAUCUGAUUCGUGUAGUGACUCGACAUGUGAAUACUAGCUGAUGAUUAAAGAGAAUCCAGUGAAUGUACGUUUGUGAGAAGAUCUAGGUCACAUUUACAUUCAGUAAUUUACAAAUUGUUUGAAGAUGAAUUGUAGAGCUUAAUUCUAGACUGACAUGGUAGCUGUUGUAUAUAUUUUGAGUUUUUCUAAAAAUUGUUUUCUUUUGCCGAGGGCCUAAACUGUAACACAGUAACAGUAACUCUAAUUGUAGACAUGAAGGUUUGAGAAAAUUAAUGACCAUUAUUGACAGACGUAAUUAAUAUAAAAACACUACUAGAACUUGCUUGUUUGUUUGUUUUUUCCACCAGUAAAAGUUUUUAAUGGCAUUUCUUUACAUACAGGAACUGUUACUUUUUCAUGAGGUGAAACAAAAAGAAUGACAAUCAGGCAUUGGAGCAAAGUAUGUACACGCAUUUAAAUGAAUAAAUAAUGAAACUGAGAGAAUGGUGUUUAUAGGUAUUGUAGAUGGUUGUUUAACAUCCUCAGUGCACUGAAACAACAGAUGAGGUUAGCAUUCCUACAAACAAACAAAAACCGCCUUAAUGCAUCUUUAAUGCAGAACUGAAACGGAACACAUUCUCCACAGUAUGCUACUUGAUUUGUGACCAGCCACACACUUUUUUUUUCUUGUGAUUCAUCUGCAAAUAUUAAAUGACUUGACUGUUCAUAAAGAGGAUACCACAAGCUUUAUUUGA